AUGGAAGGCACCCUGCUGAGAUCUGAGCGGCUGCGACCAGAAAACCCAGACCGAAACAAUAGGCGUCGCAGGGGUCCAAAGAAGGAAAAGGACGAGAAAAGCGAUAGGAAGCACAAGCAAUCCAAAGCCGCUGCUCCCGAACUGCCUGAGAAGGAUUUCAGAUAUUUGGAGAUCGUCAAACUUACAAGAAAAUAUAUUCCAAUAACAAUCAAUGGUUUGGCGGUGGAGAAGAUCAUACAAGUGCAAGCUGAAAACCAGCAAAAUGUGUCCAAGAAGGUGAAGGCAGAAAUCGUGGCUAACCAUGUUCUUCGACUUCUAAAACGUGAUUCCAAGCAACCGCUAUACAUGAGCUUUAUGAUCCCACCCGCUGACCCAGAUUUUCCCUUUGAGCUAGAAACCCUCAAGUUCAACUUGACCAUUCCUCCCGACUACCCUAGAUCCUCCAAAGAACUACCUUCAAUCAUCGUACUCAAUAGCGAGAUUCCGCGAGGAUUCAGCAUUAACAUUGAAAGAGGCUUCAAAGAGAUUGCCACGGUGGCAAGACUGAAGAAGACUGUCGAUUCUGACAUUGAGCUCGUGGAUGGCCGAGGGCUUUUAUCGCAGGUGCAAACGCUCAACAAGUACCUUGAAGAUUUUCUCAAGCAGGAAAAAAGGCAGACAUUAAAGUUUGUGACCUUCAAGCCCAACACGUCCGCAUCACCCAAUCAACCAUCUUCGAUGGAAUCUACGCCGGUAGUGGUUCCUCCCACCCCACCUCCCGAGGCCCCAGUGUCUCACAUCAGUCCGGAAACUGCUAGCUUACGAUCGAAGUAUGUGGACGAAAUGUGCACCAAGCUAGUACAAAACGUCAAGCUUUUCCAUAAGUCUGCCAAAGAGAUUCGGUACAAGCUUAUAGUGCCUGUGGCAGGGAAGAAGGUUCCGUUCCUCUGGACCUUUCGCAAUAGCACCGCCGACGUGUUCAUCUCCAUACCGGUAGAAUAUCCUGAGGUGGUGCCUUUACUCAGCAUUCCCACGAACUUCAGCACGAACUUGCUCGUGGCCAAGAAGGCACUUCUUGAGAAGGAAAAUAUCUCCUUGGUGGAAGCGACUCAAGAGGCAAAAGCGUUUGAAAAGAAUUUCAAAAUGAAUAUGGAAUUUUGGCUUACGGACAAGAUCGGCAUGGACCUUGUUGAAAUUGCUAACUUCGUCAACAACAACAUUGAAAGGUUGGGUAAGUCUCCCGAGGAGUUUGCGCGGCUACUAAAGCUCAUGAGCGAAUUUGAUAGUGCAAUAGCUGCAAAGUAA